AUGAUUCACCAGCCUUCCAACCAGUCCAUGUUUGCUCACGCCUUCAUCAAUGAGUUCAUCUCGUUCAUCACGGCGAGGAACGAACAGGCCCGUCGUCAAUCUUGGCUUACAGAGCUACAAAGCGGAUCUAUGGCAGAACAAGGGCCUGCUCUCGAACUGUCGAUGCAGGCGACGGCUUUGGCAUAUUGCGGGACUGUCUCGGGCAAUCCAGCUGCUGUCAGAGAGGCCUGUAACAUCUACGGCAGAGCCCUCACGAAGCACUCAAGGUCCCUCACUCAUGACUUGAGUUCACCCAAAGCGGCAUCUCUCGGGACUUGUGUGAUGCUCUCCUUUUUUGAAGCUAUCUGCUCUACGAACCCUGUUGCAUACGGCACGCACCUUCAGGCAGCGAAGAAGAUGCUCGCCCUUAUGCCGUGUGCGGCUGGCCAUAAAGAUGAGUUGGUCAUCUGGCAACUGGGCCAACACUUGUUCGUCAUGCUUGCAACACCGGAUCAAUAUCUACAACAUGAACCAGUGCCAUCCCGCUGGACGAAGAUGACUCAAGCCGAGGAACACCCCGCGACGAGCCAGCAGGGUGUUGACCGUCUGAUGUAUGAUCUCUUCUAUCUCACAGACGUGCUUGUGCGGACAUCAUACGCUACAAAAACCGACACACUCUUGAAUCCAGACCUAAGUCUUGAGAUCGACCAAUUAUGGUUCGAGUUCCAGGAGCAGGCCACGCAACUAGGAGAGCUUGUCCUGUGGCCAGUCCCAUCUGGAGCGCGAUACCAUGACCCAUUCAUUGCCAUGGUAGUCGCCUACUUUGGAGCUUCUUGGGUCCUGCUUAGUAUUCUCGAGCCUCAUAUAUCUUCCCGUGAGCUACGGGACUCGUGCCACGCGAUCCUCGAGUCAUCUUGCUUCCUUGGGGGUAAAAACCUAGGGUGUGCCCAUCUACGCAUGUUCUUCCCUUUGACUCUUGUUGCCAUGUAUGGCCCUUACAGUGAACAGAGGGAAGCAGCAGAUAGGCUAUUGGGGCAGCGGAUCCGGAACACGGCUUUCAAAGGCAUGGGGUCGGUCGCUAUUAGCCGGGUGCAGUCUGGUAGAAUGGUAUACCAUGGAUAA